AUGCUCAAACCUGAAAAGGAAGUGAUUGUCAAGGCCAAGAAGAAUCCUUGGUGGUCGGCAACACCACCACAGCAAGCCAAUAACGAUACAAGUAUUCGACCAUUUAAAGUUCAUGUCGAGCAAAACGUAUUGGAUGAUUUAAAAGCGAGAUUGAAUAAUAUUCGCACUUAUCGUUCAAUGCCUGGUUGGGAUUAUGGCACUCAGAGCCAAUAUCUCUUACCUAUCAUCGAGUACUGGAAAAAUGAGUAUGAUUGGAGAAAACAAGAAAAGAUACUCAACAGCUUUGAUCAUUUUAAAACCAACAUGUAUGGUAUCGAUAUCCACUUUAUCCAUGCCAAGCCUAAAAGUGAUGUUCAAACUAAUUCUCUACCGGUCAAGGUAGUUUUAUUAAUUCAUGGUUGGCCUGGAUCUGUUUUCGAAUUUUACAAAGCGAUACCUAUGUUAACCAAGCAAGGAUACACUGUUGUUGCGCCUUCAUUACCUGGUUAUGGUUUCUCCGAUGCACCAGAAGUAUCAGGAUUAGGUCCUGUCGAAACUGCCAGUAUCUUUGCUAAACUAAUGAAUCGAUUAGGUUACGAAAAAUAUUACGUUCAAGGCGGCGACUGGGGUGCAGCUAUAGCUAGUGAUAUAGCAAAAAUCGACACAAGGCACUGUCGUGGAAUCCACAUUAAUCUUAUUGUAGCACAGUCACCCAAUCCAAUAUAUACUUAUGGUGUAGGCAGUAUUUUCCCUUCUUUGGUGUUUCCCGAUCCAGAGGAAAGGAAGCGCCAUCUGCCAGUUCUAGAUCGUGCUUUGGAUCUAUUGCAUGAAGCUAGUUACUUUAUGAUACAAAGUACUAGACCAGAUACACCUGGAUUUGCUCUUAAUGACUCUCCUACAGGAUUAGCUGCGUGGAUCUUGGAAAAAUUUGUUCGUUGGUCUGGUUGUGCCUUCGAAGAAGACUAUACAGCCUGCAUGGAAAAGAAAUUUACAAAAGAUGAGUUAAUUACUAAUGUCAUGAUUUACUGGGUAACUCAGAGUAUAACGACUUCAAUGAGAUACUACAAAGAGUACUUUGCUAAUGAUAUGGAAGCAAGAAAAGCCGAAGUUCUACUCCCUGUAGGCAUAGCUGAUUUUCCGUAUGAAAUGGCCAGGCCACCUCGUCGAUGGGUCCGCCACCAAUACAAGCAAAUUAUUACCUACAACACUAUGCCUGACGGAGGCCAUUUUGCUGCUUUGGAAAAGCCAAACUUGCUUAUACCAGAUUUUCUGCAGUUCGUGGCUAAAACUGAAGAAUUAUAUGCUCAGAAAAAAAUAAAUAUACCACCAGCAGUUGAUCCCAUGUAA